AUAUCAAAUCAAAAUAUACCCCAUAGAAAUCAGGUGUUACAUUUUCUAUUUAAUUUAAUAAUCCUAAGAUGAUUAAUUAAAUGAGAACUUUUUAGUAUUUAAAAUGUUCAUUGAGGACAUAAGAAAUGAUUUCUAUAACGUUUUACUCGGUAACAGAGUGCUUUUGCUAGUUCACUACGACGUUGAUGCGAUAUGCGCCUGUAAAAUACUUCAAGGUCUCUUUAAAUGUGAUAAUAUCUCGUAUACGUUAGUGCCCGUGGGGGGUAUAUCAGAACUGAAGACGGCGUAUGAAGAAAACAACGAAGAGAUUAAAUAUGUGGUACUUAUUAACUGUGGUGGUACGAUUGAUUUAGUGGACAUCUUGCAGCCUGAUGAGGAAGUUGUAUUUUUUGUGUUAGACUCCCACAAACCAACAGACAUUUGUAAUGUUUAUAGUGAUGGCCAGGUGAGGCUAGUGUAUAAGGAUGAUGAGGAGAACAUUCCCAACUUUGAUGACAUAUUCAGAGAUGAUGAUGAUGAUGAAAAUGAAGAAUCAGGGAGCAGUAGGGAAGGAUUGGAAGCACUUGUGGAGCGAAGGCGAGCACGCAAGGAAUGGGAGGAACGCAGACACACUCUUAUGUUCAAUUACACACAAUUCUCUUACUAUGGAAAACCAAGUGCAUGUGUACUAAUUGAGUUAUCAUCGCUGGCAUCUCGUCUGUCUCAAGCGGCUUUAUGGGCAGCCGCGGUGGCAGCUGAAGCGCACGCAGCGCUGUACGCUCGCUCCCCAGCGAGGUGUCUGUUGGAUGCUGAAGCGCUGCAUCGCUAUGUUGCUGCAGCGAGACGGCAUGAUGAUUCUACUGCGAACAGGACAGCAUGUGUAGUUAUGGAGAAAGACGCGUGGCUGCCGUUGUACCGCGAGUGGACGCUGGAGGCAGCACUGAGCCACGCCGCCAUGUUGGCACCUAAACUCAAAUUAUACGCGCGUUCCGGUUCAUCUAGAUUAAGACAAUUAUUAGCGGAUAUGGGGUUCCCUCUCCAACAAGCUCGUCAGGCAUACCGUUCAAUGGACGUAGAACUCCGUAGAUCCCUCCUCACAGCGUUAGAAACAGCAGCUCCUAAACACAAACUGCCUGUCCCUACUAAAGCGACGUUUAUCCUGCAGCGGCCGCUCAUGGCACCGCUGGCUGCGCUGGACGCGGUCUAUGUUAUCAUGGCACUUAUAGAACAUGAGACCCUGCCGAAAGCUGAAGGGUUCCAGCUGGCUUUAUCAGCUCUGGAGUUGUCAGGUGAGAACGAGGCGUGGCGCAAAGGGUCAGUUGCGGCGAGACGUUCCCUGCAGGCCGUGGCCAGCCUGGUGCACUCCACACUCUCCGCUAAGAAACUAUUACUGGCUGGACCUUUUAGUUAUUUUAUUGUACCAGAGGGCGGUGCGGCGGGCGCGGUGCGCGGCCCGCUGUGGCUGGGCGAGGCGGCGCGCUGGGCGGCGGGCGGGGCCGCGCGCCCGCUGCUGGCCAGCGCGCCAACAGACCAACACACAUGUAUAUUGUUAGGAUUACCACCCAGAUUCGAACAGGAACCAAGGAAUUUAUUCGGCGCAGCAUUCGAGCAGGCGGCUACAAAAAGCGGUGCGACAGUUUCUUUGGACAGUGUAGAUACAUCCGUCAUUACCCUGCCGACGUCACAACGAGCGCAGUUCCUAGACGCGCUCACAGCUCUAUUAGCCUGAUUAAAUACACUAUUUAAUAAUACCCUUAUUAAUAAUAAGACAUUAUUAAACAGAAAAUAAUAUUAUUUUCAAAUAACAUCACAACAGAAAACUAUAUUAGGCAUCAAAGAGUAAAGAAAUUUUGAGGAAUAUUUGAAUUAUUAAUAAGAGUAUUAAUACCAGUGUUAUGCCUUAAUAAUUUUAAUACUGACUGAAAAAUGUAACUGUCCAUUUAAGAAGCCAGUGAGUGAAAUCAUAUUUAUUUAACUAGAAUGAUAAUGUAAGUGUUCAAAAAUAAAAUCUCUGAUAUUAUUAUUAA